UAUUUUUAGGUUAUGAAUUUAUAUUUUAUUUCUGACAGACACGUGAAUGUGGGGACGUAGCGUAAAAGUUUAUUUAUUAUUUAGCAGUAAAUCAUUUCAAACUACCAAAUCUGAUUGGUAACAACAAAAAUGGGAAUUGAUAGUACACAGGAGAAGCAUCGUCCUGGACAAUUCAAACAGCAAAAUAAACUUCACAAGCAUGGUCGUCAUCGCAGUAAGGGUUCCAUUGAUAACCUCAACAAAGGUCGUGUAUCGGUGAAAUUUCUAACGAAGAAGGCGAACAAAGUGAUGAAAAAGGAGGAGCGCAGAAACCAGUUGGCGCAAAUUCGCCACAAGAAGCGGGCCGAGUAUAUGGAGAAGCGGAGGGGAAUCAGCGAUGCGCCCCAUAUGGUCGCAGUGGUCACGCUGAGUCAGGGCAUUCAGUACGACAAGAUAUUCGAACAACUAGAGAAGGCCGACGAAGAUGCUACGGUCACUUACACUACGGAGAAUCAUGUGCAUAUCAACCUGCCUCGGUUUCGUCAGCGCUUCACGUUUGUCCGCGUGGACCGUGACGAGCUGUUCAACGUGUUGGAUGUGCUGAAGGCGGCUGACACUGUCAUGUUUGUCGUCUCCGUGCUGGGCAUUGACGACUGGGGUGACGUCAUACUGACGGCGGCCAUGGCUCAGGGUCUGCCCACCUGUGCCACUGUGCUUGUCGGUCUAGAGCUGGUGUUGCCCAAGAAACGGCAAGAGUCGAAGUCGCAGAUCCAGAAGGCGGUGAACCGUUGGCUGCCCGAUGAGAAGAUAAGCGUGCUGGAGAAGCCAGGUGAUGCACUGAAUGUGUUCCGACGAAUCGGUAACCAGAAACAGCGCACCGUGGUGCACAGAGACAGGCACCCCUAUCUGUUAGCCGAGGCGGUGCAGUUUGUGCCUAAUCAAGAGUCGGAGGACCGUGGAACCCUAAUAGUGACCGGUUUCCUGAAGGGGAAGCCGCUCUCGGUGAACUCGUUGGUGCAUGUGGCAGGGUGGGGCGACUUCCAGAUGAGUCGCAUCGACUCCCCCGAGGAACCCAACGCUCUGUUGCCGUCUGCGCGGCUGGAGAAGAGAGCAGACGUCGAUAUGCAGGAUGACGGAAAUGUGAAAGUGCUGGCGGAGGCUGAUCCAGACAAACAGGAGCAACUGGUGAGUGAAAAUGUUCCGGACGAAAUGGACGCCGAACAAACAUGGCCGACCGAAGAAGAGCUGGCGGCCGCAGACGAAGAGCGCAAAAAGAAGAAGAAGGUGAAACGCAUUCCGAAAGGAUUUUCCGAGUACCAGGCCGCCUGGAUUCCCGACUCAGAUGCCGAAGAAGAGGUGGACUCGGAUGAGGAUGAAGAUAAAGACGAAAUGAUGAUGGAUGCGCGUGAGGACGACUGCUCGGAGGGUGAGGAGGGGGAGGGGGAGAGUGAUGAGGAGGAUUACGAAUCGACGACCUCUGAACUGCCGCUCCCGGCUGACAAAUACGACAAACAGAUGAACUUGGACGAGGAGCAGGAAACGCUGCAGAAAAUCAAAGACGCCCGCCAAGACCAGUUGUUCCCGGACGAAGUGGACACGCCAGCGGGUGUGGCGGCACGCGACCGCUACCAGAAGUACCGCGGCCUGCAGUCGUUCCGCACCUCGCCCUGGGACGCCAAGGAGGAUCUGCCGCGCGACUACGCGCGCAUAUUCCAGUUCCAGAACUUCAACCGGACGCGGAAACGCGUCAUGGAUGAGGCCGAAGAUUGCUGUGGCGCUUAUCCCGGUUGGUACAUCUCGGUGUACAUUGCGAACGUGCCGGCGGCGGUGUACGGAAACCGCGGUGUCCAGCCGGUGGUGGUGUUUGGCAUGUUGGCGCAUGAGCAGAAGAUGUCCGUGGUGAACAUGGUGCUGAAACGGCCCAACCUGGUGUUGGACGAGGCUAGUGCGCAGGCGCCGAUCAAGUCCAAACAGCAGCUGGUGUUUCAGUGCGGCUACCGUCGCUAUAGGGCGUGUCCCGUCUUUAGUCAGCACACUAACGGCAGCAAGCAUAAGUAUGAAAGGUACUUCCAGCCGGAUGCCACAGUAGUAGCGACAGUUUUCGCUCCCAUUAUGUUCCCUCCCUGCUCUGUGCUCGCCUUCGAAGAGAAAAGCGAUGGAUCCAUGCCCCUAGUAGCAACAGGCAGCCUGCUAUCAGUUAACCCCGAUCGACUGGUGAUCAAGAGGGUCGUGCUGUCAGGUCAUCCGUUCAAGGUCAACAAACGAUCAGCUGUUAUUCGCUACAUGUUCUUCAACCGUGAAGACAUCGCCUGGUUCAAGCCGGUCGAACUGAGGACCAAGUACGGUCGCAGAGGUCACAUCAAGGAGCCUCUGGGUACUCACGGACACAUGAAGUGUGUGUUUGAUGGCCAGCUGAAGUCUCAGGACACAGUUCUUCUCAACUUGUACAAGAGGGUUUUCCCCAAGUGGACCUACGAGCCUCUGGUUUGUACAAAAAGUGUCACCCCAAUGGAAUAGAGUUUAUUUAUGUACAUAGAAUAAAAUAAUAUUUAAAACAAA